GUAAACUUAUACGAAGCAUAAACUAGAACCCAACCCAUGAAAGUUCUGCGCUUGUGUGGAGGGCAAGUAGUUUUGUAUGUAUCAACUCAGAAGGAAAGUGCUGAGGGUGCAAGCAUACUCCCAUCAGAAAUGCCUUUGUGCCAUGUCACUAACCAGGUGUGCGUUGCAUGGUUGCGGACAUGUUCAAAUCAAGAUGAGCCAGCAUCAUUCCUAGAUACUUGCUAUGUGUCUUGGCACUUAGCACAGGAAUGGGAAAAUGUUUGUGUGGUGUGGUUCUCUUUUCCAACAACUACGUGUCCUGAUUCACACACUUGGUACAGGGUUGAGAAGCCAAAGGUUGAAGAUGGUAUUUUUGGGACAUCAGGAGGGAUUGGUUUCACUAAACAAAAUGAGCUCUUCGUUGGUCGUGUUGCCAUGAUUGGGUUUGCUGCAUCAAUACUGGGUGAAGCCAUAACAGGGAAAGGGAUUCUGGCGCAACUGAAUUUGGAGACAGGAAUUCCAAUCAAUGAAGCCGAACCUCUUCUCCUGUUCUUCAUUCUUUUCACCCUCCUGGGAGCAAUCGGAGCUUUGGGUGAUCGUGGUCGUUUCGUGGAUGACCCUCCGGCGGGGAUUGAAGGGGCGGUUAUCCCUCCAGGGAAAAGCUUCAGGUCAGCCCUGGGUCUGAAAGAAGGAGGCCCUCUUUUUGGAUUCACAAAGGCAAACGAGCUAUUCGUGGGGAGACUGGCUCAGUUGGGGAUUGCCUUCUCCCUGAUAGGAGAAAUCGUAACAGGGAAAGGAGCUCUGGCACAACUGAACAUCGAGACUGGAAUCCCCAUCAGUGACAUCGAACCCCUGGUGCUGUUCAACGUUGUCUUCUUCUUCAUUGCAGCUUUGAACCCUGGCACUGGGAAAUUUGUCACAGAUGAAGAAGAAGACGACUAGAUAGCUGCUUUCUCAUCCUUAAUUUGUUUUCCAUUUUUCUUUGAAAUCGUAAGCAACUCUUUUGUGUUCAUGUCAAAGUAAUGAAACCAAUCAUUACCAAUCAGUUACAAACUGUCCUAUUUACAUUAGCUCCAAUGGUAAUUAUUAUCUAAUAAUUUUUUUUAUUAUUA